AUGUCUAAUAUUGGAGGAUGUUUCAAAAAUAAUACUUUUUAAAUUUAUAGAUAAGCUAUACCUUAAGAAGAGGUUAAUUUUUAAAAUUUGGAAAUGGAAAUUAGAGAAGCUAGGGAUCCUUAUGUUGUUGCAAUUAAACUUUCAGAUAAUAAUAGUCCAUUUGAAUAUUAAUAAAAUGAAUUUCCGAAACUUAUUUAGUGGGCUUUUUAGUUCGGAUUUGGAGGAUUUGUUUUUGCAUUUACACUAAAUAUUAUAUUUAAGGCUAAUAGAUGUCCAAGUGCUAAUUUUGGAAGAACAAGAAUCAAUUCAGUAUUAUAGUUAAAGGAAAGAUGA